GAUUCCUUUAGACCAGAUAUUUGGACCACUUCUUAUUUUUGUGUAAUAAGUGUGUGUAUACAUUUUUGUUUAUCAUAUCUAGUUUAAACUCUUGCACCAUCCUUCUCAGUCUCCUAUAUUUGGUAACAAUAUAGGGGACUCUGCAGCUUUUCAUGCAGCCUUACAAGUGACAACUUACUGCUAGCUCAUUAUGAGAUUCCAAAUUUUUAUAUUUUUUUGUUUAUAUAGCCUUGUGCAACCUACACUGAGUUCACAAUCUUGUUGUUUUCUUUGUCCUUAGACCUCUCAUGGCUUCUUGUAUUUGUUUCUUGGUUCUUUUUUCAAUGUUUUUUGUGUUUGCAGCUGGUGAAAUAAUGGAAGAAAAUGAGUUAGUUGGUCUUUUUGAGGUUAUGGAUUCACUUCUUGAUGAUACCUCUUGGGGAGAGAUGCACCCAUUGCCAUGCACUGACACUCCAUGGCCUGGUGUACAAUGUGAGAUUGCAGGUGACUUAAACUCUCCAAUCUUUCAUAUCACUAAGAUUCACAUUGGCCCUGAUAUUCUCUCCCCACCUUGUUGCAAAUUCAAUGCUACAUUAUCAUCAAAAGCUUUGCUGAAAUUGCCUUACUUGAAAACACUCUCUUUGUUUAACUGUUUUACUGGUUCACCAGUCUAUAUUCCCUCAACUCUUUUUGGUACAUUCUCUACCUUGGAGCUUCUAGCACUCAGGUCAAAUCCCACUCUCUUUGGUGAGAUUCCUUCAAGUCUUGCAAAAGUACCUACCUUGAGGGUACUUUCUUUGUCCCAAAAUAAUCUUUAUGGAAGAAUCCCAAAAGAGAUUGGUGGGAUGGUCAGUUUGGAGCAACUUGACCUGAGCUACAACAAAUUAAGUGGUUCAAUUCCUCAAGAAAUUGGAGGGCUAAGAAGUUUGACCAUUUUGGACCUUAGUUGGAAUGGGCUACAAGGUGAACUACCAUACUCAUUGGGUCAACUUCAGCACCUUGAAAAAAUUGAUUUCAGCUCAAACAAGCUUCAAGGAAGGGUGCCUCAAGAUGUGGGACAUCUGAAGGAGUUGGUGCUUUUAGAUUUCAGUCAUAACUUAUUAACUGGGCCAAUCCCUGAAACAUUAUCUGGCUUGCAGAAACUAGAGUACCUAAUUAUUGAAGACAACCCAAUUAAUUCAGGCUUGCCAUUAUUUAUUGGAAGACUAAAAAAGCUUAAAGUUUUGAGCUUUUCUGGCUGUGGCUUAACAGGUCCAUUACUAACCUCAUUGUCUCAUUUAGAUGGCCUCAUUGCAUUAUCAUUAGACAAUAAUAACCUCAGUGACACAGUUACUCCAGCUUUAGGGAUGCUUCCAAAUCUUGAUCACUUAAACUUGAGUCAUAACUUUUUGACUGGUGAGGUUUCCUUACCAGAAGGCUUCAUCAACAGGCUUGGGAAAAGGCUGGAUCUUGGGGGUAAUGUUGGGCUAUGCACAAGACAGAAGUUCAAAAAAACCAACAAGAUGAGCCCAUCUUUUCUACAAACACCUUCAUGUUUGGAAACAAGAGGCCCAGCUGCAUUGGAUCAUUCAAACAAUAUCAAGAAAGUGAAGCCAGUUUGGUACCAAGACAGUAACAUGAGUUCUGGCAGUGGCAGGCUUGAUCAUCAAAGUUUUGAGUUUGGUAGUACUUUUCUUGUUUGUUUCUUGAUCUCCUUGAUCUAAACAAGUUGCUUAGGCACAAAUAUUAAUGUGAUACAUUUCUUGGAAAAUGUUGUGAGUUAAGAUUGUCAUUAGUCAAUUUCUUGUAUAGGGAGAAAUGUGAAGAAGAUAUGUACAGUAUCUAAAUGUAACAGAAGUUGUAGUGAAUGCAUGGAAAAAAGCUUUUGCUUUUA